GCCGCAGCCGGCCGCAGCCGGCGCGCGCAGCCGCCGCGGCCCGCCUUAACCUGCCCCGCCUCUAGCCUUGCUUCUGCAUCCUUCCCGCACCUCCGCUACCUGUGUUCGGGGUCCUCGGCCGUGCUCGCCGCCCAGAGAGGUACCUGCGCCCGCGAAGAAGCCGCUCUCGGGCUGGCCCCGCCGCGGCGCCCUCAGGACAGUCUCUUCUUCCGGGGGCGGCACAAUUCCCGUGGACAGAGAGGCGGCUCCUCGCGCGCCUGAAGGCCGGGCUCCGACCGCGAAGGCCCGGUUGACGCCGGCAGCCACCACGAUUGCCCGGCGCUCGGGCUGCGGAGAACGGGCGGCCACGCCCCGUGAUCGCACCGCGGCUGCCUCUCCGGCCCGGCGGCUCCCGCCCUCGCUGCCCGCCCUCGCCCCUCGCCUCUGCGCGACGCCGCGACGCCCUGCCCGCAGGUGGAGGACCCGGCCCGCCGACCCGACCCGAGACGCAAGAUGGCGAUGGCUGCGUGACUGAGCAGCCCCCGAGCGUCGCUCGGAGAACGCUGAGGACUGACAUUGGGCGGCAGCGGAGGGACGAGAGCGGGACUCAGGGGUCGUUUGUUCAUCGUGGUUGCCUGAAGCUUGACUCCCUCUGGCGUGUUGCGGGGGGGCGUCUGCUGUGGUCCUAAGUCCUAGAGCACAAGGGAGCCACAGUAACCCGUAUUUGUGGAAUCGCGGCCCUUGAUAGUCGGGAAAAUGGCGAUGACGCUGUUGGAAGACUGGUGUAGGGGAAUGGACGUGAACGCCCAGAGAGCCCUGCUGGUCUGGGGGAUCCCAGUGAACUGUGAUGAGGCUGAAAUUGAAGAGACCCUGCAAGCUGCGAUGCCCCAGGUGCCCUAUAGAGUGCUUGGGAGAAUGUUCUGGAGGGAAGAGAAUGCCAAAGCGGCCUUGUUAGAGCUCACUGGCGCUGUCGACUACGCCUUCAUCCCCAGGGAGAUGCCGGGUAAAGGAGGCGUCUGGAAGGUGGUCUUUAAGCCUCCGACUUCCGAUGCUGAAUUUCUAGAAAGAUUUCAUCUCUUCCUAGCAAGAGAGGGGUGGACCGUACAAGAUGUUGCCCGUGUCCUUGGGUUUCAGAACCCCACUCCGGCCCCAGGUCCAGAUAUACCAGCAGAGAUGCUAAACUAUAUUUUGGGUAAUGUUAUUCAGCCUCUUUUUGAGUCCAUAUGGUACAAGAAGCUGACACUGUUCUCCGGGAGGGACAUCCCGGGGCCUGGGGAGGAGACAUUUGAUACCUGGCUGGAGCACACUAACGAGGUCAUAGAGGAGUGGCAGGUGUCGGAUGUAGAAAAGAGGCGGCGGUUGAUGGAGAGUCUUAGAGGCCCUGCUGCUGAUGUCAUCCGCAUCCUCAAGACCGACAACCCUGUAAUUACCAGCGCCGAAUGCCUGAAGGCGCUUGAGCAGGUGUUUGGGAGCGUUGAGAGCUCUAGGGAUGUGCAGGUCAGAUUUCUGAACACUUAUCAGAACCCAGGAGAAAAGUUAUCUGCUUAUGUCAUUCGUCUGGAGCCUCUGCUGCAGAAGGUGGUGGAGAAGGGGGCCAUAGAUAAAGAUAGCGUGAACCAAGCUCGUCUGGAGCAGGUUAUUGCCGGGGCCAACCACAGUGGGGCCAUCCGAAGGCAGCUGUGGCUGAUCGGGGCUGCGAAAGGGCCAGCCCCUAACUUGUUCCAGUUGCUGGUGCAGAUCCGCGAGGAGGAAGCCAAGGAAGAGGAGGAGGAGGCUGAGGCUGCCGUCCUGCAGUUAGGCCUGGAGGGGCACUUCUGAGUCCUGAGAAAAGGGGCUUUAGCGCAGACCUAGAUCACGGCUGCUUUCGUUCGUUGUCUCUGUGCUGUGUUACAGAUGUGUCUCCUAGAAGUAAAGACUUAGUCAUAUUUUUUCUGGGGGUAGUCAGGCCUGCAUAUUCAUGUAACGUUAGUAAAAUCGUGCAAGCGUGCACCAGAGCUGCUGCAGUAGGAGUCAUGCUAGCUACAAUGCCAGGGAAAGGUUUGGACACAAGCGCUCAGUGCAAGCUGUCAUCAUGGCAUUAUCAUCAGUUCUGAAAAAUAUGUGAACGCGUGACACUUCCCAUUUGUGUAAUUAAAUGUGAAAUUGCAUGUUCAGAUGUUUAGUGCGGGGCCUGGCUAACACAAGAAGCGUUCAGUAAAAAUGUGAACUGUUAUUACUACUAUUGUGAAUAGUUUUUGUGUUUACUGUAAAUUGUUCCUGAUUUAUAUUAACAGAAAUGUGAAUUAGAUAUUAUUAUUCAACUUAACAGUGCAAAUUUAUUUUUCACCUUUAAACAUCUAGGUCAGUUCAACUGAAAAGUGUUCUGAAACUACAGAAUGGGCUGUUAGAAAAAUAUUGCACUUAUAGAGCUGUGUAAAUUAAGUUUUCACUGAUUGCAAGGGGCGAUUAAUAUGAACCAGUUACAAUAUCUGUUCCGGCAUUUCAAAUCUUUAUCAUUGAAGAGUAGUUUAGCUUGUUCUUGCUGAUUCCAGGUGUUCUAAAUUUGAAGUUAUCAAAUAAAUGUAUAUUAAUAAAAAUAUUUUUUUAA